AUGGCGGCACCCGACCUCCUCGCCACUUUUCAAAAACACAUCGAAGACAUGCGCAACCUCUCCCUAUGCAAGAUUUGCAUUAAGCCCUUCUACGAACCCUUCAUCCUACCCUGCGGCCACACAUACUGCUACUCGUGUCUCGCAAGCUGGUUUGGAGGCGCCACCGGUCGAAGAAGCAAGAGUACCUGUCCUGAUUGCAGAGCCAAUGUCAGAGUAGAACCGUCGCCGAAUUACCUGCUUCGAGAUCUGGUUCACAUGUUCAUUGGCCGCGCGGAGCUCCUGCCGGAAGACGAGACUGUGCAAGAACAUCAGACUGCUAAAGAAGAAGAGGCCGUCCUGCUAGCCGCAGAUCGAGCUGGUCCAGGCCUAUUCAAGGGUGUUUUCUUGGGAUUAGGGUCCGCACGUGGGCCACGAAAUUGGCGGUCCGGCAUUCUGGAUCCAGAAGACAACGUGUGGCGCUGUCCUGAAUGUCACUGGGAGUUGGAAGAUGGCGGCUGCAGCAGAUGCGGUUUUCACCAAUUCGACGUGGCUGGGAGCGACUCCGAUUCCGACGUGGAUGAAUCAAUAGAUUUGGACGAGUCUGAAAUGGACGACGAAGGCUCUGAAAUUGACCACGAGUUUGGUACAACUAUGGGAGAGCAUGCCUUCCACAUUCACUUCCCCGACACAUCGAUUCGGAGACAUCCGGUCGACGAGGAGGAGGAGGAGUACUCGGAUGAAGACGAUGAUAUGGACGGGUUCAUUGACAACGAGGUCGAAGAGGGUGACAGCGAUAGUGAUGCAGAUACUGAGUCCACAAUGACCAUCUACAACAGACAACUCAGAAACCAGCAAGACAACGACCAUCCUUCGGUUUCAAGUGGGGUAUCUCAUGAGGGAGAUCCCGUGCGACCUUCCCCUUAUGAUCCAUACUACUACCCGUACCUCGAAAGCGAUGCACAUUCGACAGUCCAUACUUCCCAGUCGACCAACGGGGAUCAAUCGGAUGCCGCAACGAACUAUGACGAGAUGACCGAGGCAUCUGAUGUUGAGACGACCCCUGCGCAGCCCGCGCAGCCUGCGCGAAGACUAGGGGCACGCCGUGUCGUCCUGAGUAGCGAUGAUGAAGACGAGGACGAGCCGCGAGGAGAUGGAAGUGGAACAGCCGACCAUAGUGCAGAAGAUAGGCAGGAGGACCAUGAAGAUGAACAUGACUUGGAAAACGAAGUCGACUCUCUAGCAUCGGUGCGGUCCAGGAUAGGACGACGCGCCCGUAACGUUGCGAAUUCGAACUCAGAUGAUGACGACGACGACGACGAGGAAAGGCCCAACUCUGAUUCAGAAGACUCAGAUGACAGUAUCCGUCCCCCUCAGUCCUCAAGUCAACGAAGACAACAUCUCAACAAACAACGCGCUCGAAGAGGAGACCACAUGGUUGUCGGCGGGCACGCACCAAUCAAUCCACCUAGACAACUAUAUCCCCAUCGUCAGCAGAGUCACCGAGGACGAGGCAACUCUAAUCGUUAUCAACCUUAUCAGAGACCAUUUGGGCGACGAAUACCGGUUGGUGGAGGAAAUAGUAGAUUGCCAACUUAG